CCCUGGGCAUAGUAGCGAUGACUAGCAAAUUUACAGCACGUGAUGGACAAGCUCAGCCUGGAAAAAAAAAAAAAAAAAAAGCACGCGAUGGGCAAAACUGUCUCCCCGCAGGGCCCGCUCCGCCCCGACAAAUCCCAAAAGCCCUUAGUGCGCGUUUUCGCUUCUCAUUUCAAGCCCCGAAAUCAGAUCAGACACACACACAGGGAUCGACAUGACGACCCGUUUCAAGAAGAACAGGAAGAAGAGAGGCCACGUGAGCGCUGGCCACGGCCGCAUCGGGAAGCACCGGAAGCACCCAGGCGGGCGGGGAAACGCCGGAGGCAUGCACCACCACCGUAUCCUAUUCGACAAGUAUCAUCCCGGUUACUUCGGCAAGGUGGGCAUGCGCUACUUCCACAAGCUUCGGAACAAGUUCUACUGCCCUAUCGUCAACAUCGACAAGCUCUGGUCUCUGGUGCCUCAGCAUGUCAAGGACAAGGCAACCCCCGAGAAUGUUCCUCUGCUUGACGUGAGCCAGUUCGGGUACUUCAAAGUUUUGGGUAAGGGAGUGUUGCCAUCUUCUCAGCCUAUUGUCGUUAAGGCCAAGCUCGUCUCGAAGACAGCGGAGAAGAAGAUUAAGGAAGCUGGUGGUGCAGUCGUUCUCACUGCUUAGGUGAAAUUGUAGUUUAUGGUUCAUAAGUUUUGGUAAUUAGGGUAUUAAAUUUAGUACUAUUUUUUUUGGGUGUAUUUAGAUUUGGAGGUUUUUGAGUUUGUUGACAAUUUUUUGGUAAUAUCUAGUUGUAACUGCGACUUAGUUUGUGCCUCUCAUUUUGAACUGCCAUGUUAAAUUGAGCUUUAUUCUGUGUUAA